AUGAAAGCAAAAGUUCUUGAGUCCAGGAAAGUCGUGAUGGGGCCUUGGGCGAGGCCGGUCCGUCCCAGAGCAAAGGGUCAGAUGUCCAGCUGCAGCGGGGCCUUUGGGUGCCCUGUGAACCGGGGUCUCUCCGAACUCCAGCCGGCAUGGCUGACAUGGCCUGCAGUGGAGAGUCAGGGCCCUGGAGCACGCGUGUGCGUGUUCCUGCACAUACGUGCUUUACAAAGGAGUCCCAGACACCUGAGUGUGCAAGACCCCGUCCUCGAGGCAGUGAACACAGGCUGGUCAGCGGCCGCCGGCCCGCGACUCCCUGACCCCGGGGUCGCGCCCUUUGUUCGCCCUCAAUGGGCCCGGCCCGCCGCCCGCCCGCGGCUAAUUGGGGCGCGUGCCGCCGCCGCGACCCCGGCCCCGCCUCGGACCUGGGCUCCGGCAGGCCCUCGGACCCCGGACCUGGGGACCCCGGCGCGCAUCCGUUCCCGGCGGGCGCUCGGACACUGGGCCCCGGACCCUGAUCCCUGUUCGGACCCUGAUCCCUGCCUGCCGGACCCGCCCCAGACUGGCUCCAAGACUCCCAGCCACGUGGACCCGGCCACCGCCCCGCUCCCCACCCGAUGCGGACCCCAGGCCCCAGAUAUUGAGCCACCUGCCGGCCCUGGCCCUGCCUGGAGGAGGCGCACGAGGCCGCCCAGCCUGCAGGGCCAUGCGGACCCGCCCGGAGGAGAAUAG